AUGGAUCCCAAGACAACCAACCCUCACCUGACCGCCGAGUCACUCAGCCUCAGCGACAGCACUCAGUCCACUCCUUCUGUCUCAACCGUCUCAACACCCACGCUCGAAGCUCACGAGUUCGUCGGCGGCUUCCCCCACAAGCUUUCGGCCAACCUUCUACCACCUCUCUCGCGAGACUUCCCCAAGCCCACCGACGAGGUCGACGUCAAGGAGGCCCUCGAGCGCCAGCCCGGCAGAUGGACCCUCCAGGGCCAGAUCAAGGCCAACAACAUGAGAGCCCAGAGCGCCGCACUCCGGCUCGACGACAAGGAGGGCAAGGCGAGAGCCUUUGAGGAGGCCAAGCGCGAGCUACUGGCGUUUCACGAGAAGCAAUCCGGCGCAAGACGAUGA